UUUCUCUAAAGGAUGCAUGGAAUUAUUGAACUAAUUUUGAACAGUGCUUUAUUAUGGAUAUCUUUACAAGUUACUUGGAGUAUCUUGAUAAGUGUUUUUUAUAACUUUUGCAUACCAUGGAUUGUUUGGGGUUCUCUCAUUAUCGCAGUUGGACUAAAAAUAGCCAGGAUUCCACCACCAAAUUUAAGCAUUGUGCAAGAAGUGCUUGGUGUAAAUCCUCUUUCAUUGAAAAAAGAUAAUACCAUGUCCAAAGAUCAUGGUAAUGGAGAACAAUAUUGCAUGCGAGUGGUGGCUCAUCGUGGUGGAGGAUAUGAUUUUCCUGAGAACAGCUUAACAGCCUUUCGUAAUAGCAAAGAAAGAGGAUGUACUGCUGUUGAACUUGAUUUAUGUCUUACAAAAGAUAAUGUGCCCAUAAUAUUUCAUGAUUUAACAAUUGAUAGAGUUACUGGAAAAACUGGUAAUGUUAAGGAUAUGACUUGGGAUCAGUUAAAACAAUUAGAUAUUGCCCAUAAUCAUCCACUUAAAGAUAAAUUUAUUGAAGGUGAAAAAAUUCCAUUACUUUGUGAGGCUGUAGAAACAUGUUUAUCAAAUGAACAAAGAAUAAUUAUUGAUAUAAAAGAAUCAAGAAUGGAGAUUGUGCAAGUAAUUUUAGAUACAUAUAAAAAGUAUCCAAAGUUGUAUCAAAGAGCAAUUGUAUCCAGUUUUAAUCCUAUUAUUGUAUAUAUGAUUAGAAGAAAGGAACCUCGAAUUGUAGCAGGUCUUGCAUGGAGACCACAUUAUUUUUCAAGAGUGUCAUAUUCGGGUUCAGAUGGUCCAGGUCCGACAAAAUAUAACAAUCCAUUUAAACAUAUAGCAGUUUGCUUAUUCGACCAUAUUUAUGCAUGGAUGUUCCACUGUUUUAUAUAUUAUAUUGUGGGUGUAUCUACUCUAUUAUUGCAUAAAGAUGUACUGAAUCAGUAUAUUAUAAGAAAAUGGUAUAAUCGUGAUAUUCGUAUAAUGGCAUGGACGGUGAACCUACCAUCAGAGAAAUUACAUUUUUCCCGGCUAUUUAAAGUUACAUAUUUGACGGAUACAUUGUUAGUUGAAAAAGAUAUGUAAUAAUAUAUCAUAUAUUCUAUAUGUCCUAAAUGACCAUAUUUUAUACUACUGACAUAUUAUCACUACAUUAAAUAAUAAUCUAGUCUAUUCAUCAAAAUGAUGAAUCUUAUUUAUAUCUUAUUUGUAAGAAAUUUAAUGUUUAUUUUGUUAAGUAAAUUAGGAAAAAGAAAAAAACAAACGAAAUUUUCU